CUGGGGAUCUGCGGGAUGACGUCCCAAACAGACCUGGCCCCUUUAAGAGCCAGGCGAGUCCCUGAAAAGGGAUGUACUGCUGUGUAGCGGUGGUGGCUGUGGGCAGAUGAGAGUCGGGUGACUGCAGUUUCGCAACGCCAGGAAAAUGAGGACACUGCUGGAGGUCAUGCUGGUGCUUUUCACCCUGAAAGCCACUCUGGCUGUUACUUCCAGACAUGCCCGGCAGGCGGCAUUCGACUCUUAUGACAGUGCAAACUACGAUGUGGACCUGGACAGUCUGAACUUAGAGAACCAAGACAUUUUAGACUAUGAUGACGGCUUGACUAUUGAUGAGCCACAGAUCGAGAUUGGCACACUGCCUCCCUUAGAAGACAAUUACCAUUCCCCUGCAGCCUCACUGGAGGAAGAAGAGGAAGAGUUUCCCCUGCAACCCCGUGUGCCUUCCCCGAGCUCCGGGGGCUCUGGAGUGCUCAUGGGGCCUGAUGCUCAAGGAGGCAUGCCCACCUGCCUGCUUUGUACCUGCCUUGGGGGCUCAGUCUACUGUGAUGAUAUCAAGCUAGAGAAUAUCCCCCCACUACCCAAGGAAACCACACACUUUUAUGCUCGUUACAACAAGAUCUCCAAGGUCCACAAGUCUGACUUUGCAGAGAUGAAUAAACUGAAGAGAAUUGACCUGACCAGUAACACAAUCACAGAGGUACAUCAGGAUGCACUGAAAGCCUUACCAGCCUUGGAGGAGCUGGUACUACGAGAGAACAAAGUGACCCGGCUGCCCAGACUGCCCACUAGUAUGACUCUCAUCGAUGUGAGCCAUAACCAGCUGGGUUCCCAGGGCAUCCAGAAGGAGGCCUUUAAGGAGAUGCCCAACCUGUUAUACCUUUACUUGACUGACAAUGACAUUGACUACAUUCCGCUGCCCCUGCCUGACAGCCUGAGGUCCUUACACCUGCAGAACAACAACAUCCAGAUGAUACAUGAGGAUACAUUCUGCAACCUGAAGGAUCGCAACUACGUCCGCAGAGCACUGGAGGACAUCCGACUGGACGGAAACCCCAUCAACCUCAGCAAAACCCCACAGGCUUACAUUUGCUUGCCCCGUCUUCCCAUUGGGUGACUAGUGUAAAACUAUAUGAACACAUAUAAAUACAUACAUGUUCAAAAGUGAGCAUCUAUAAUACAUACAUAUAAAGACAUUCAAAACCAUUUCAAUACAAAUGCAGCAUAUUCAUUCAUUCAUUCAUUCACUCAUAUGUGCACAGAAUCCCAGAAAAAUGUACAAGCUCAAACAUAUAAACUAAGUAUAUACAAAUAAGACACACGCUAGUCUACACAUAAAUAUUCUUCCAAACACGUCCUUCAGAAACUGUAUAGAGGCAAACACAAAAACAAAGCACACACACAAAAAUUAAAAUAGACAAACGCAUAUAAGCACAUAAAAAGACCAAUAACUCAGACAUAAAUCCAUCCACUCUUAUAGAGUGCAGACGAGCACAGAGUCAAAUAAACAUUAAUUCAGUCAUGCAAUCAAACUAUGUCUGGCCCUGUAAUCUUAACUGCAGCCAGUCAUGGGGGUGCAAAAUUUUAUGAAUGUAAUUCAUAAGCAAUGUACAAUAAGAGAAAUAAAAGCAAUUUCUAAAAUGAUCAUUUUGAUGCACCUUUUUCUAAUACUUCUCAAGUUGACAGAUCAAUUUCCUCCGUAUCAUCAGUGGUGCUAUAUUUAAUUAAAUGCUUUACAUAAAGAUGGUGUUUAAUGUACUGUAUUCCAAGCUGAUUCUGAAGCAAACUGCAGUGUUUCAUACAAUAACAAAGAGAGGUCUGCACAUACACAGCAGCAGCAUUUACUGCAUUUGAAUAUAGCGUUGGUGGGUUCAUGUUCACCUCCUUCUGACAAAUGUUUGUACACACUGAACUCUAAAA